UCCCUCUAUUUAUAAACCCUAGUUUCGAGUAUCAUUCUACCACCAAAGACCACACAACACCACUCACAAAUCCUGCUUUCUCUGUGUUAUUCAGUGAGUUUCUUGAAAUGAGAGGGAUGAAGAGUCUAACCAUUUGGGCUCUCUUUGCUGCUUUACUCUCCCAGCAGCUAUUUGCUUCCGUUACUUCCAUAAGGUUCGAGGACGAGAAAACAUACUACACUCCUCCCUCUGGAGGACACGGCGGUUACACUCCCACUCCUAACUGUGGAAGUCCACCUUACGACCCAACUCCUUCAACUCCAUCUCACACUCCAACUCCUUCAACUCCAUCUCACACUCCAACCCCACACACACCAACUCACCACACGCCUCCCUGUAACUGUGGGACACCACCACACGAUCCUUCCACACCUUCACACCCUUCCACACCAUCACACCCUUCGACGCCUUCGCACCCUUCAACGCCUCCUUCUGGUGGAUACUACACAUCUCCUCCACCAAGUACUCCAGUCGUUGUGACUCCACCAACACCCAUCAUUGGAGGAAGCCCACCAACUCCUAUUGACCCUGGCACUCCUGGAACUCCUUUCGUUCCUACUCCUUUCCCACCAAUCACUGGAACAUGCGAUUACUGGAGAAACCACCCUACACUCAUAUGGGGUCUUCUUGGCUGGUGGGGAACCGUUGGUGGAGCCUUUGGUACAGUCAGUACUUCCAGUAGCAUUCCAGGGUUUGAUCCUCACAUGAACCUUCUCCAGGCACUUUCCAAUACCCGCACCGAUGCCAUUGGAGCUCUCUACCGUGAAGGCACAGCGUCUUGGUUAAACUCCAUGGUCAACAACAAGUUCCCUCUCACGACCCCUCAAGUCAGAGACCACUUUGUGGCAGGACUUUCCUCAACCAAGGCAGCAACUAAGCAGGCCCAUACCUUCAAGCUUGCUAAUGAAGGUCGUCUAAAGCCUAGAAACUAGAAACAAGAGAGUUUCUCAUUUAUCUCAGUCGUUUGUUGGUUUGCAUUAAAACAAUCUUGAUUAAUUAUCCUAUGCAGCGUGUGUGCUCAUUAGAGUUUUUAAGUAUCCUAUAGCUUCUAGCUAGUAAUAUUUAUGAUGGAUACUCCUUUUAUAUUUGAUGUUGUUUUAAAAUUU